AUGCUGCCGACGUGUACCCGUUGCAGAAGCCGGAGGAUCAAGUGCGACUCCUUGCUUCCAGCGUGCGCCAACUGCUCUAAGCAUGAUGUUGAAUGUACCUUUCGAGAUGAAGCUUUGCAAGCAGAUGUUACCCGAGGCGUUGAACUCUCAAAUCUCUUCAAGGUGAAAGGACGUCGUUGCCAGUAUUAUCUGCCCGAAGCUAAUCUGACUAUGGAGGGCGGAAGUGGCCUUACAGAGAGGUCUCCUGAUGGCAUGUCAACACGGCCUUCCUUGGUCUCUUCCUUCAUCCUUAUGCCUAAAUCUGGUAGAGAUAUGUACCUAGAUCUUUCACUCUCAUCACGUCUUGUCGAGGUCACACUCGAGGUACUUUCACAACAUCACAAAACAAAUGACUGGAGGACUAUUGAUAAAGAAAGUGACCCGUUACCAGAUAUCCCGCACCUUGACAGGUCCAUGCUUACACCUGGCGUGGUGCGCGGGCUUCUGAAAGACUACCAUCGCUUCGUUCGACCAAAAUAUGAUAUCGUGGAGCUUGAUAUUCUGAGCCAUGACGGCAUCCACCUACGGAAGCUCCCGGAAAUGCGAAGGUUUCAAAUACUGAUGGCCUGUUCUAUUUCCGCCGCCCAAAAAACGUACAAAUCUCCAAAUUGGAAGCCGUUCGCCCAUACGUGUCGUGAGUGGGCUAAUGACUUCAUCGCCCCAAUCAUUUGUGCUGCGGACGCAGAUUCUAUGAAAGUUAUCCUACUACUUCUCGUAUAUGAACUGGCCGAUCCAACUCGCGGCAUCAUCUGGGAACUCCUCGAUGUUGCGCGAAGAACAUGCUUGCAGCUAGGCUGGAACCGAACCGCGUCGAACUCCAACGACUUCACUAGUAAUGAGGAAUCGGUUUCAGCUGAUCCUGUGAGAACCCAUCUCAUGUGCGUACUUAGGGAGAUUGAAGGGUGGGCACAGCACUGA